CUUCCCAGGGGGAUGGAGAGAGAAAAAGUAGGUUGGCAGGAGGAGGGGGGGGUCCAGCCUGGGAACAAUAAAUCAAAGGGAAAGGGAGUUACUACCCAGCCAAGGAGCUUCUGAAGCCCUGGGCCGCAGCAGGAGCCCGGGAGGAGCAGGGCUAAUGGCUGCCAUCGGGGUCCCGCAGAGAGAUUUCCUCUGCCCGCUGGCAGUGGGGCAGGCAGCGGCACAGCAGGCAGUGGGCAGGUCUGCCUGCACAGCACUGGGUCCAGCAUCCCCGCAGCAUGGUCCAGGUAGUCUCCUGGCAGAUUCAAUCCAGCGCCUGCUGGGGAAGGUGUUUCACUACUCUGGGCAUGGGACCCCCACCCGCCAGAAGCCACAGGGCUCACUCAGGGCUGCCCAUGUCCCCUCUGACAAGGUUUUUGAAUCCUUAGUUCAUUUUCCUGGGACUGCCCUCUCUCCUGGGGUAGUCUGGCACAACCAGGAUGGGCAGCCUGGUACAUGUCCUGCCAGGCAUCAGAAACAGACAUUAAUUCCAGCUCAUCCACCGGGACAUUUUUUUCUUUAGAAGAAUAUCAUCAAGAGGCUUAGCUGUUCCACUUUCCCUGACAUGCAGCAGUGCCAUGUGCUGGGCUAGGGGCUGCUGCUGGCAUUGUGGACACCAGUCCCUGGGUGCCAGUCCCUGGAUCCCAGUCCCUGUAUGCCAGCCGUGGGUAUGAGUCCCUGUCUGCCAGCCCUUGGGUGCUUGUCCCAGGCAUCUCCCCCUGCGUGCCAGUCCUUGGGUUCCAGCCGUCUCGGGGGCCAAAGCAAGUGCUUCACAAACAUCAUCAAGCACCAUCUCCAGUUCCCCCGCCCACAGCCCCAUUCCCAUCCCGCCGCGGGGGAGGCUGCUCCAGCCUAUCUCCUCGCCAUAUCUCCAGUGCGAGACGGCACCAGCUCCCGGUAAUUUGGGUUAAUAAACAGGCAACACUGUCGGCAGCGGAUCACUCCCUCCCUUGCUCCGGCUGCGAUCACGGGGUGCUGGCAGAAGGAGCAUCCCUCUCCCUGCUCCAGAUGAGGUCACGGAGUGCUCACACUCUUGGUACCUGCCUGUAAGCAGGAGCUGGCAUCGGGCAGAGCCAAGCAGAGGCUGAUGUGGUGGCAAUGUCAGGGUCGGGAAGGUUCCCGGUGCUGAGCCAAGAGGAAAGGAAAGGGGAAAUGACUGGAGCUAGCCAUUGUGAAGGGCAUUAUGAAAAGAAAGUCUAUAAGAUAGAGAAAAUAUGGAGCGUGCUUCAUUGUGGAGCCGAUGGACACGAUAGUUGGGGCUGCAAUUGCUUCCCUGGCAGCACACCCGAGUUCUGGGGCCCCAGGGACAGACACGCCUCUGAGCCACCCUUCUCUGCAGAGUGAGUAAGAAGAGAGGACUGGUGAGACUAUUAAGGGGUGCCGGGGGACUCAGCUCUGUCAAUGCUCCCCAAGGAGCUAAGGCUCAGUCAACAAGACCAGGCAUCAAGAGGGGCAAGAGGUGAUGGUCAAGCCCUGGACCAUCCCUGCUGCUGCACGAUGACACCAGUAUCACGCGGCAUGUCCUCUGUACUGAGGACAAGUGGCUGCCGCAGCUGGAUAAGAUGCCCUCACACCAGUCCCUGGCCCCGGUUCAUGGCGCCAGUAGCUCCCCAAAGCUAUUCCCUUUCUUGUCUAGGCUCUGCAGCUCGGGAGGUUCCCAGGUGGGAAGACCCCGUGGCUGCUGCUGCCCUAACACUGGCGGGGCGCCCCCGAACAGCGUGGGGCCGGAGGGGAGCGAGGGACGUGGGUCUCCUCGAGUCCCUCGGGACCGGAGGGGUUUGAGGCCCCAUGGCAGGAUCGGUGUCCUCCCCCUCUCUGUCCCAACGGGGCCGCCCCGUCCACUUCUCCGCCGGCGCUGGGUGCGGACAGGAGCAGCCCCCUCCCAUCGCACCUUUCCUCCGUGCCCCCCGCCCCCCUGGAGGAUCAAGUUCACGCCCGACCCACCGAUGCAGGGCCCAAUGGGGCCGGGGCCCAUCUCCAUCCGGCUCGGCCCGGCCCCGCCACUCUCAGAGGCCCCGGCGGCGCCGCAGCAGGGAGGCAGCGGCCGGCAGCCCCCGCAUGUAGCCCUAGGGCAGCGGGCGGCGGGCAGCAUGUUCAGCCCGGACGGGGGGCUGCCGGCCGCCCCCUUCGGCCUCCUGACCGACGCCGGACCUCCCUUCCCCCGCGGCAGCUUCGACGGGGCGCCCGCGCAGCCGCUCUUUUUCCCCUUCUCCGCCACUGCCGAGCCCGAGCCCACCCGCGACCCGCCGCCGGCCCGCGCCUGGCUGCCCCCGCCCGGCCCCGUGCCGCCCGCCAAGGCGGAGGCGCGCCCGGGCCGGCCCUGCAGCCAGCCCGAGCCCGAGCCUCGCACCGCCGCUUGCUGCGGCCCGGCCUGGCCGCCCCCGCCCUGGGCCGGCCCUGCGCCCUCCGGCCCCACCGCCCUGCCCGGGCCGUCUUUCCAUGGCCCGGCCGCCCCUGCCUUCCCUGGCCCCCAGCUCUGCCCAGCCGCGGUGCAGACGGGCUCCGGCGGCCCCUCGGGGCUGGGCAGCAGCGGCAGUUCCAGCGGCGCCGCCAGCGAGGGCGGACACUCCAGCGACAGCGGUGAGGAGGAUACGCCAACCUCAGGAGAGCUGGAGCAGUUCGCCAAGGACCUCAAGCACAAGCGCAUCAUGCUGGGCUUCACCCAGGCUGACGUGGGGCUGGCGCUGGGUACACUCUACGGAAAGAUGUUCAGCCAGACGACCAUCUGCCGCUUCGAAGCUCUCCAGCUCAGCUUCAAGAACAUGUGCAAGCUAAAGCCGCUGCUGCAGCGCUGGCUCAACGAGGCAGAGAACACGGACAACAUGCAAGAGAUGUGCAAUGCAGAGCAAGUACUGGCCCAAGCCCGGAAGAGAAAACGCAGGACCAGCAUCGAGACCAACGUAAAAGGGACACUGGAGAGCUUCUUCCGCAAGUGUGUGAAGCCCAGUCCCCAGGAGAUCUCCCAGAUUGCGGAGGACCUCAACCUGGAUAAAGAUGUGGUCCGGGUCUGGUUCUGCAACCGGCGUCAGAAAGGCAAACGGCUGCUGCUGCCCUACGGCAACGAGGCAGAGGGAAUGAUGUAUGACAUGAACCAGCCCCUGGUGCCCUCCACUCUGCCCAUCCCAGUGACGUCCCAGGGCUACAGCCUGGCGCCCUCCCCUCCUGUUUACAUGCCAACCUUCCACAAAGCCGAGAUGUUUCCGCAAGCGCUGCAGCCUGGGCUCUCCAUGAGUAACAGCGGCCACUGAACCAGGGCCUGUGGGCUCACUGCAGGUGGGCUGGUACUCUGGGGCAGCCCCCCUUGCCCUGGGCUCCUACAGGCACAGCUCUGCUCACUGGGCUGAUGUGUGGGGCUUUUGGGGUGUGAGGGCCUGAGAGCAUGGCCCAGGGAUGGUGUCUGCUCCCUGCAGAUGUUCCCAGCCCUUCCCUGUUAUGUGAGCUUACUGGUUCCAGCAGCAUUGGCCCUCCUCUGACCUCUCCUGGGGGCAGCUCCUCCUGUCCCACUGCACCCU